GGGUGACUCAGCAUAACAGGAAGCAGGAAGUGCUAACAAUUAGCCACGUAUUUCUGUUACAAGACUCUGAUUGUCAGGGUAAAUCAGGAGCUAAGUGUCAGCAUGGCAAGCAGGCGCUCGCUCCCAGAGGUGGACCUCUCAUGUCCCAUAUGCUGUGAAAUCUUCAAGGACCCGGUGGUCCUCAAGUGCAGCCACAGCUUCUGUGCACCCUGCCUGCAGCAGUACUGGAGUCAACGGGUACGAAGCCGCGACUGCCCCCUGUGCAGAAGCCAGGCUCUGGAUGAUCCUGUACCCAGUCUCACUUUGAAGAACCUGUGUGAGUCUUACAUCACCCAGGACAGCGUGGGGUCUGAGGAAAAGGUGGAGGAGCUGUACUGUGAUCCAGGGGAGAUGUGCCCUGUUCAUGGAGAGAGGCUUAAGCUUUUUUGCCUGCAAGACAAGAAACCCAUCUGUGUGGUUUGCCAUACCUCAAAGAAGCACAAACAGCAUGACUGUUGCCCUGUGAGUGAGGCUGCAGCAGAUGUGAAGGAGAAAAUGAAGUCAGCCCUCAGCUCAUUGCAGGAAAAGAGGGACGCGUUUAACAAAAUGAAGAAAAACUACGAGGACACUGUGGCAUAUAUUCAGGUCCAGGCUCAGUUUGUGGAGCGGCGAACCCGCGAGGAGUUUGAGAAACUUCACCGCUUCCUUCGAACAGAGGAGGAAGCCAGGAUGGAGGUGUUGAGGAGGGAGGAAGAGAAGAAAAAUCAAGAGAUGAGGCAGAAGAUUGAAGAAAUAGAGAGAAAUAUAACAUCUGUGUGUGCAUCCAUCAGAAUCUUGGAGGAGGAUUUAACCUCAGAGGAUAUCUCUGUCCUUCAUAAAUGUGAGAGCACACUGGCGAGCGUUAACUGUCCAGUUGAGGAUCCAGUGAUGGCUCCAGGAGCUCUCAUAGAUGUGGCCAAAUAUGUGGGCUCUCUGGCGUUCCAUGUGUGGGAGAAGAUGCAUAAAGUUGUCAAAUAUACCCCAGUGACUCUGGACCCAAACACUGCCGCCCCGUGGCUCGUCUUGUCAGAUGACCUCGCCAGCGUCUGUGACAGUGAUGAGAAGCAGAAGCUGCCUGACAACCCUGAGAGGUUCGACCCCGACACCGGUGUGCUGGGCAACGAGGGCUUCACCUCAGGCAAACAUGCCUGGGACGUCAGUGUGGGAGAUAAUACAGCUUGGGUUGUCGGUGUGGCCAAAGAAUCUGUCCAGAGGAAAGAGAAGGUGUCUUCCGUGCUGGUGAACGGCUACCUGUGUGUGUACUUUUACCACAAAAUGUACUUUGCGGGAACUUCUCCUCUAACACGACUUAACUUGAAGAAGAACCCACAGAGAAUCAGAGUGAUGCUGGACUGUGACAAGGGCAAGGUGUCUUUCUACAGCCCACAUGACAACACACACAUCUACACCUUCAAGCACACCAUCACUGAGAAAGUCUUUCCCUACUUCUGGGUGGGCUGUCAGCAGUGUCCUUUGACAGUUGAACCACAGGAGGUGUCUGUGAGGGCUGUUGAGUAUUGCUGAGAGAACAUUGCGGCUUCACAACUCUGCAACUUUUUUUUCAGCACAAAGGGAUGGGUAACAUUUUUGAAGCCCACGUAAUAAAAAUCAGAGUCUGAAAGAGUCUGAAAUCAAAUUGCAUCAUAUCUGCUUUCCUGGUUCAGUACAAUGUCCUCCAGCCUUAUUUUUCAGUUUAAAUACAAUGAAUGCCUUAUCUGCACACUUAGAAUUAAGCGAUUUGUUACUUGAACUUAAUAUCUGCACUUGUAAGGUCUCACUGUUCCCUAGAAACUAUUGUCUGAGUUGUUGAGAUAACAGAAUGUGGCAGCAUAGUUUAACUUGCACUUUGUAUUUUGGUGAACUUUAACAUGAAAAAAAAAAACACUAAAGAAAACUUA